CUUCUAAUUGGAGAUCAAAAUUCUAAGGAAAAAUUCGGCAGAUAUAACGCAUAAUUUUAUAAUCAGUUUCAGUAGAGAGAGAAUUUGUGUUAGGGUAAAUUACAAAAGUUAACUUUCUCGAUCAUGGAUUCGCCUAAAACUACUCAACUUACUUCCACAUUAACCAACCUCUCCGCCAUUGCAACUAUUGCCAUUUCUCCGUCGGACUCUCCUCCAGAUUCUUUUUCGGACUUCGUUGAUCACUUAUUUCCAAUAGAACCUAGCAAGUGUGAUUCUGAAGUCCAAGGAUUGGAUUCUUUUGUCUUUUCUUCUCCACAUUUGAAUGUAAAUGUUGAAUCAAGUCUUCUGAAAAGGACUCGGUCAUCUAAUACAGAACUGGCUGCCGAAUCACAGGAAGCUAAUAAUAAGAUCUCUGAACAAACUGAGCUCUGCCCUUUCGACAACUUUUUGGCAGAUUUUGAAGAGGUUGCAGGUUCGAGCAUAAUCCAAGUUUUAUGUGAGAAAGCUGAACAAAAUUUUGAAGAAAAUUUUGCACCUGAAGUUUGUAGACCUCUCGAAAUUGAAAACGAGCAGUCAUCUAUUGCAUUCUAUUGUACCGAGUCUGAUUUGUCAACCUCACAGGCAUUUAGGAAACAAGAAAAUGAAGAUUUAUGUGCUCAGAUGCAGGAUACAUGUACUAUUUAUCAGGAUGGCUUGGAUUUUAUGCCUCAAUAUUUGCAAGAGCGGUUAUCCAAUGCUAAUUUACAUGGAGCCUAUGAAUGCGAUACCCAAGAAACACUCGAUGGAGCUUUUCAGCCUCUAUCAAUUUCUCAACCCCAAUCUAGUAUGUGUCAACGUUACCUUCAGUCUAAAGAAGCUACUGCAAAUGCUACUCAAAAAAAUUUGCUCUCAUCAAAUUUUACAAGUAACGUUAAGGCAACAUCACAGCAUCCAUCCUCGGUUGAGGAUAUAGAAUUGUCUGUUUCGAACUUAGAUUCAGCAUUGAACACCAGGGUACCAGCCAAGUCAUUACAUUCCUUGCAUACACUGCCGCAUCCUGAUUCUGGUGGCAAUCCUCCCUUGGGAAUUUCCAGGCCUUCAGGUAUUGGGUUGCACCUAAAUAGCGUCAUCAGUGUUGCUAUGAAGAAUCAUGGCUUGAAAAAUGAUACUACCUGCUCAAGAGAUGUCUCAUCUUCCACUGAAGAUAUGGAGGGGCAUGAAAGCAAGUCCAUCUCAUCGACAAGUUCCAUCACCUUGCAGUCCUGUCAUGCUGUUAAAUUUGAGAAUUUUGAAACUCCAUGCGAGACGAGAAAUUUUGACUACGACCCAUCUUUUAAUCUUGAGAAGAUUAAUAAUCUUCCUCACAAGAGGAAAAGGAAGAAAAGUUCAGUCAGCAGUAGUGGCGAUGAUUCAAAACGUUGCAACUGUAAAAAAUCAAAAUGCCUGAAACUGUAUUGUGAUUGUUUUGCCGCUGGGAUCUAUUGUCCUGAGUCUUGUUCUUGUGAAGGGUGCUUUAACAACCCUGAGAAUGAACAAACUGUUGUUGAGAUAAGGCAUCAAAUAGAAUCUCGAGAUCCACUUGCAUUUGCUCCAAAGGUUAUUGAGGACAGUAACGAGCUCACAGUAAAUAAUGAGAACGGAAGGCCAUUGAACCCAUCCUUGGCAAGACAUAAAAAAGGGUGUAGUUGCAAGAAGUCCAUGUGUCUUAAACAAUACUGCGAAUGCUAUCAGGCUAAUGUUGGAUGCACCAUCAGAUGUCGAUGCGAGGAUUGUAGAAAUAUCCAUGGCAAGAAAGAAGAACCGUGUGCGACUCCACCAGAAGUGGCAUGUGAUAGAGCCGAUGUUGGAAUAUCUGAGGCCAAGUUGAUUAAUGAUCGAGAUACGGCAGCGUUUAGGAAAGACAUUUCACAUUCUGAAUUCUAUGAUCAACAACACAACCUUGCAUCGCAAACACCAUUUCAAUACUUAGAUCAUGAAAAUGAUUCCUCAAAAUCUCGGCUUGUGUCCAGAAGAUGUCUCCCUUCACCAGAAUUUGAUGCUACAAGCUCGUCUUCUCCAAGUUGCACUGACUUGUUUGUAGAAACAAAGACAAACAUAUUUGAUGUCGGUUCUUAUCAGUGGCAACAUAUGAAUUGUGAUAAUGGUGGAGCCUCUUCAACAUCAUCCAUACAAUCCAAGCCAAGGGGUUGGAUAAACGUUUCGCGUAUUGGCCAACUAGGUACGAGAGGCAGUUCCAUGUCCUGGCUUAGUUCACCCGACACUCUUUCGAUUCAGGCAAGUGAGACGCCUAUUAAAUAUAUCAAUGAAAACUCUCCAAAGAAUCAAACGUUGUCUCUUCAUCGAGGUAGCGAAAACGAGGUUGGGAAAGAGAAUUCUUCAAGCUGGUUGAAGGGUCGUAGAUAUAUACUGAAGUCAAUGCCUCACUCCCCGCCCCUCACCGCACACAACAAAUAUAGAGCUACCGACAACUCGAGUGGAAGUGAUUGUAAUGACAUUAACAGCAAAGUGAUAAAGMCAGAAUGUCCAUGGUGAGUCCAAGCCAUCGGAGAGGGGAGCAUUAUAGACGUAAAUACACAGGAGGGUAUGUUCAGUUUUUUCAGUUAAUGUUUGCAUUGGGUUGAUUCAUGAAUUCUUUGAUUAAACCGCUGUGACAUCCAUCCAACAUUUCUUCGAAAAGAUUAGUGAUAUGUAGAUAUUCAGGAACAGUGUUUAUAUUAAAUUUAACAUUGGAAAAUUUCUCAGAUUCGUAUACCCCCAAACUUAGACUAAAAAA